AUGUCUAAGCUUCCUUCUGUUGAGGCCACCAUAGCCAUAUUUCUUUCCUUCAUGGCUUCCUUCAUGAACCAAUCUUGUUCUGCUCGAACCCUAACAGACAAUAUUCCAAACCAUAACCUCAACCUCAAUCUCAACCAUAGCCAUCUUCACAAAAUCACAUUCUUAAUGCCACACGUCCUAGACAUUGGUCUCUCUCAGUCUUCAUCAGCCAGUGAUUUUGUCUUUUCAAAACCUCAAGGCAUUUCUCCUGAUCCAACUACCGGAAUCCCAGUUUCAGAAUCUUCCGGUGAUGACCAAACCCAGACUCUGGACCUCUCAUCCAUGGGCUUCUUGUUUCCCACAAAUGCCAACCUCCAGGACCUCGAACUGCGGAAAAUAACGUUAAUACAACAGGAAUUACUGCAACAAGCGGAUGGUUCUCUAGGCAAGAUUGGGAAAGCAGAAGGAGUUUACGUGGACAGCUCAGAGGAUCAUGGGAGUAGUUAUAUGAUUGCUCUGACCGUGAGUUUUGGAGAGGACGAUGAUGGGUUGAGACUUUUUGGAGAGCAGAGGAAUGAUGUUCUUGAGUCGCACGUUGCAGUUAUUGGUGGUACUGGCAAGUACGAGGAUGCCAAUGGCUAUGCUUCUAUUAAGGUUGUAGAACGAGUAGGGUUUAGUGAAGACAAAGGAAAAGUCACCAGCACUAAGCUUCUUUCCUUCGAUGUGUACCUUAUUUGA